AUGGCCGCAACGAACUCCUCCGCCCCUCUUCUUCCUAACGGAACCCAGUCGGUCGGCCUCGCGACCGACUCGCCCUCCACCACGACCACUAAUACCUCCACAAGCCAGAUCUUGACCGGGAAGCAAGAACAUUAUCUCAAGCGCGAACUCAUCGCCCGACAAGUCCAGGGCGAAAUCGCCGAGUUGAACUCCCCUACAGCCCUGCAACGCUUCGGCGCCCCCUUCAAGUCGGAAUUCGGUGAAGUCGCUCCAGUCGAUUCUGAACUCCCCAUCCUCCGAUAUAUCUUCGUGCACCAUGUGCGCAACUUCCCAUUCCUGGAUAAGGCUCGCGAGAAGGAAUUCUGGCAAGAUAAGCUUCAAGUGUUUCUCGAGUCAUUCGCAAAGAAACAUGUGUCUUCAUCGGAGGAUCGCCUGGAAGAGACGAAGCGCAGAAAGCUAGCGCGCAAAUGCGAAAAGCUGGUCGAGCUAAUGAUGGUUUCUGGAAUCCCUACUGCAUCGGGCUAUGAAGAACGCAUUCAGUUUUCGGAGAUGGAAGUCGUGGAUCGCGGGGCCAACGAAAAGGGUUUGUUGGUCAACAUGCCUGAAGGAAACUCAAUUCACGGAUGGGACAUCAAUGUGGCUGCGGUCCGGGUUACAUCGGUCAGACGGACUGUGCGAUAUCAUCAACAUGCAGAAUUCAUUAUUCGGGUGCGCCGAGAUGGGAAGCAAGAUACCUUCGUGGCUCGUCGAUACGGCGAUUUCUCUAGGCUGCACAAACGGCUGCGCACUGAGUUUCCCGGGAAGCCACUGCCUCCGCUGCCACGCAAGAACAAGUCUUCAUUGACAUCCAGCAUAUUUGGCUCUGCAGACGACGAAGCCUCAUCAAUUUCUUCUGUUUCCACUCAAGACACGAGCGCAGUAGACGACGGCUACUCAUCUCGCAACCUAGCGCCCGGCAACCACCAUACUCGUUCACUGUCACGGUCUUCCAUGCGGUCGCUCCGGUCGCCUAGGGCCUCAGGAGACGCGCCCCGGGAAACGGUGCUCUACAGAGAGGAACAGCGAGUCUCCCUUCGAGCGUUUCUCCGUACUCUGCUACAGAACAAGCGGGUGGCGGACACCAAAGCUCUCGAGGACUUCUUGACUGCCAACCCGAUUACUCUGAAUGAAGAGGAGAAAAUGGAUAUGCAGAAGCGCAAAGAGGUAGAUGCUGUGCGGAUUGAGGAGCAGAAGCGGUUUUAUGAAAUCGCGAGAGCGCGAGCGGCUGAGUUGGACGCGUACAUGGAGAAUUUCCGCCGGGAUAUCGUCGAGAGUAAUGGAUUGACGAAACUUUUCGCUGAAAUUAAGGAGAAGCCGACAGUGGAGGAUUUGAGCCCACAAUACCAGAAAUUCGCCGAAUGGCUACGCAUUGAAGUUGCCGCUACGCUCUAUCAUCUUUUCCUGGCCGAGGACAAUUCUCCUGAACUGUUCGCGCAAGCCAAGAGGAUCCACUCUCUUGUCCCUUACAGUCUUCUGAAAAAUGUCAUUCGCAUUGCCAACCCGGCAGCUGUGAUGUCAGGAGUACUGGACCUCUUUCUGGCUCAACCUUUUGGCUCCCGGUCCUUACUCCAACGCAUAUUUUCUAUGACUUUGAACGACGGGAUCAGAGCUUUCCAGAAGUCAAUCGAUGCGCUGGCCGCGACGGUUGAAGAUCCUGUCCUUUGCCAAAAGUUGAAGGCUUUCACCGACGCCGACGAAGACUUGAAGAAUGAGAUUCGCGCCGAAGCCACCGCAGAGGAUGUUGACAUCAUUGUGGCGAUUCUCAAGACGGAGCUUAUCUCUCCUGAGUUGACCCCAGAACAGUUUGGUAAAGUGUUCAAUGCCUACGUUGCCUGGAAUCAGGCUGUCGAGAGUGUUGACGCGGAAAUGCGAGAAGGCGCUCAUUGGUUUGCCAAUCUGAAGCAGCUGCUCAAACUCUACACCCGCCAGCGGGACAAGACUAUGAUGCUCAGCAUCGUGGAGGAGCCGGUUACUCUGCAGCUCUUCCGCGACCUCUUCACAAUUUUCUACGAGCCGCUCGUGAGGGUCUACAAGUCGGCCAAUGUCUACAACAGUAUCACGGACUUUGCACGCUUUGCGGAUGACGCCAUCGCCGUGAUCGAAAAGUGUCAUCGACAGGAUGUGUCUGCCGACCCCAACCAGACUGUUCAAGCCUUCAUUGAUCUUUGUGAGCGCCACCAAAGCAGCUUCUACAAGUUUGUGCAUGAGGUGCACUUACAUGACAACGGUCUGUUUGGAUCCCUCAUGGCAUGGAUUGAAGACAUUCUUGAAUUCCUGCGCAAAGGACCACGUGGUGGCAAGCUAGACAUGAAUGCCCUACUCACAGGAGCAAGGGAUGUGGGCCAGAUCGACAAAGACAAGGCAUUGGAUGAGAUUAACGCUCUUAUCAAAUGGCAUGCCGAUCGGAAACGGUGGCACCUCAACAAGACCAGACAGAAGAUGGCAGCUGAGGGAACUGGCAAUGAAAUCAUCCCUGGUAGCACGACCUUCAGGAGCAGUGACUUCGGUUUGGAUGAGGCCGAUCUUGAGGACCUUGCCAUUUCAGACGAAGAGUCUGACGCGUCCGAUGAGUUGGAUGACGAAGAUGAUCUCGAUCCCAUCACGGCUGAGCGGAGACGUCGGGUCAAGAAGCAGGAUCAGCUCCGGCGUACGGCGGGAGAGCCCGUCAAGCCGGAGAUCCAGGAGAUACUCAAACUAUCCGAGUCGUUUGGUGUUAUGUUGCGACAGCUUGAUACUGUGUUUUCACAUAGCCAUAGUAAUCUUAUUUACACAUGCGAAAACAAGAAAUGCGACUUCUUCCUCUGGGCCAGCGACGCCGAGCUGCGCGAGAAAGCCACCGUCCUCUCCAAUUCUCGAUCGGAAUCAGAUCCUGCAACGACCCAGACUCCGACCAAGAGACCUCGAGUAUUCAACGGUCUCCUCACCCCACAGACAGAGCCGCGCUUCCAUCGCCACAGCCCCGCAACGGGCGGCGGGCAGCAGAAGCAACAGCAGCAGCAGCAGCUCAGCCACAUGUUCCCUAGAAGCGCUAAGGCGCGCAUGAUGUCAGAAGACAUCGAUGAAUUCGAGUGGGACGACGACGUCGGGGCCGAAGUAGGCAAACUGUUGGACGCGAAGCCAAUCCGCCAGCCCAACUUCGGACCUCCCAAGGCCCACCAAGGUCCAGCUCCUCGCGCGCACCAGCCGCCGCCGUCCUUGACAUCCCCGAUGAAGAGAAAGUGGUCGGACACGGAAGAUGAUCACGAGUCCAAACUCGGCCGUCAUACCUCGACCGCCUCAUUCGCGCAAGUCACACCCCGCUCGUAUACCGAUCGCGUCCCAUCCUUCUCGUCGGCGACCGCGGCGCCGCCCUCGUCUAUGGAGAUUUCAAUGUCGCCGACCCCGACUCGGUUUCGGGAUGCUAUGGCUGGGGGAGAUGAGACGCCGCUGGAUGCAUCGCAGCUGGCUUCGCAGGCCGUCCGGAUCUUGGAGAGUCAUGGAGUAGCACUUCCCAAGCAGGCACAAGAUGAGCUUAUGUCCCUGCUUGAUAAAUAUGAUCUGAAGAUGAUGGGGAUUAUCCGGGGACGAGACAUCUCGCGCGUGGCGUUGAAGAAGAAAGAUGAGCAGAUUGAGCAGUUGAACGCGCGACUUGCGAAGCUGGAGGGACGGACGAAUGAAACUGACUCCGAGACGAAGCCGGUUCGCAGCGACAUCCCCGCCAUGUUUCGGCCCCCCGUGAAUCGCGCCAUGCGCGUGCUGGACCGGUCGUUCUUCAAGCGAACGGUGCCGGUCUCUGCUGCCACGAUCUUUAAGACCUCGGAUAUUGCGACGGUGCGACAAGCACUGCACAAGAAGCGCGACUUGUUGGCGCUGCCCAGAAUGGCCACGCUUCGGGAUAUCAAGCAGGAAGAAGUCGUGCGCAAAUGCUUGUUGCUGCGGGAGGAGAUCAAGCAUGACGAUACGGCGACCUGGUCUCCUACCGUCUCCGAAUUGGUUGAGAAGGGCAUGGUGAGCGUUGGCCCUUACGAUUUGACGAUUGACUAUGAUUACUGGUCCUAUGCCGACAUCAUGGCAUCCAUUCUCCCCGAAGAGCUGUGCGAUGAAAUCCCCCAGGGCUUCACCCAAGUCGGACACGUCUCCCACCUCAACCUCCGCGAACAAUACCUUCCCUACAAACAGAUCAUUGCCGAGAUCCUCUUGGACAAGAACCCCACCGUGAAGACGGUGAUCCGCAAGACCGACGACGUGGGCUCCCACAGCCAAUUCCGCACCUUCCCCUUCGAGCUGCUCGGGGGCGUGAAUGACCUGAACGUCAUCCAACACGAACAGAACUGCGAAUUCCGGUUCGACUACUCGCGGGUGUACUGGAACAGCCGGCUGGAGACGGAGCACCGGCGGCUGGUGGACAAGUUCCGGCCCGGGGAGAUGGUCUGCGACGUGAUGGCGGGCGUGGGCCCCUUCGCCGUGCCGGCGGGCAAGAAGAAGAUCUUCGUCUGGGCCAACGACCUCAACCCGCACGGGUACGAGGUCAUGCAGGACGCGAUCAAGCGCAACAAGGUCGACAAGUUCGUGACGCCGCACAACCAGGACGGGCGCGACUUCAUCCGGUCGUCGGCCCGCCGGCUCCUCGAAUCCCCGCUCACCGUGACCAUCGAACCCAAGGUCCGCCGCAGCCAGAAGGACACCGCGCCGCCGCCGGAGGUGUUCCACCGCCCCACCGUCUUCCAGCACUACGUGAUGAACCUGCCCGGCAACGCGAUCGAGUUUUUGGACGCCUUCGUCGGGGUGUACGCGGGCGAGGAGGCGCGGUUCGCGCCGCACACGGAGCAGAAGCUGCCGACGGUGCACGUGUAUUGCUUCUCGGGCCAUUCCGAGGACGAGCACGACGACCAUGUGGAUAUCUGCCAGCGCAUCUCGGAGCGCAUUGGGUUUGAGAUCACGACGGAGGACCGUGUCGGGGGCAGUGGCCGGCAGGAGCUGGAGCUGGCCAUCCACAACGUGCGGUUGGUGAGUCCCAACAAGCAGAUGUUCUGUGCCAGUUUCCGCCUGCCGGAGGAGGUGGCCUUCAAGAAGCCUACAUGUAUAAAGGGCGUUUAUUUCGAUUCGAGAGUGUAA